AUGCUGCAGCAGCGCCGUUACAACAAAGGGCCGGCCAUCGAGAGCAGCACAAACAGCGGCGGCCAUCACUCAGGGCCGCGCCGCGUCCUGCUCCAAGGAGAAGGAGCGCCUCAGUUGCCGGGCGACAGAAUCCAGCAGACAGGAGGGCCGCGGGGCGUGGGGAGGGCCCGCACUCCCUGGCCCCUCCUGUGGGGACUCGCCCGCGCCCCGCACCUUUCUCCAGCGCAGCCGGCUCCGCCGCUGCACCCAGCCGCCGCCUGGCGGCGCCCCCUGCGGCGCCACAGCCUCCACCCAGCAGUGGACGCCUGCCGCCACUCCGCGCGCUCUCAGUGUACGAGGACCGCCAGACACCGGUGUCUCACCGGCUGGCUGAGGCGACGCAUUGACUGCAGUCGGACGUCGACCGUCGUAGCGGGCGCUGCCUGUGUGGAGACGGCGCGGCCAUCUCGAGGGCUGGAGCUGCAGGCAACGCUGGCUGGGAGGAGAGGCUUCCCUCAGAGGACGCGGUCCCCGUGCACUCGGGCAGUGUCGGAGUACCUAAGCAGCUGGCCGACCGUCUCAGACCGGGCAGCGUCUGCUCCCUCCCGAUCAGAAGCAGUCGACGGCUCCUCCGCUGCUACAGCCGAGGACGGCCCGUCCGAGCUGAGGCGUAGGCGGGCAAUUCUCCGCGCUAUGCGGCAGAUUUGUUUUCUGUCUCGCGCCGAAGCGGUGACAGACGGUUCUCUCCGAAGCUGUAGCUGUAGAGGGUUUGCCUCCUUAUCCUGCUAUGGCCCCGGGAAAGCCCGUCCGAGCUGCGACCGGGACGUAUUUACUUCUGUCCCGUGUCGAAGCGGAGACAGUCGGUUUUCCCGACCUGCAAUAUGAGGAGGUGUGCCCCCUUGCCGUGGCAGAGGAUGGAGUCGUAGCCUCAGCAGAGCAAGGAUUUCCGGAGCUGGAGCGUGAGGUGUGGUCCUUUAGCUGUGGCACGGUGUCGGCCAGUUUAGUGCGUCGACCCUUGCUGCAGCUAAAACACGGCCUCUACCCACGCUCUGGCCGAGGUUUCCCUCGAUGCUAACACAGGCUUCCGCUCCCUCCGAUGCUGCGGUAGGAGGAUCGCCGUUGAUGCUGCUGACCGAGGAGGUGGCAGUCCCUGCUUAUAGCAUGGAGUGUGACGGUAUUCGCAUUAAACCGUAUUCGCGUAACGCGAAUACAUAACGUUUAAUGCGAAUGCCGUUCACUCCGUGCUUUAAGGCUUGGGACCGAUCGGCCAAUACUUCGGUACUUCUGCACUUCCCCGAGUGUGUUGCUGAGAUCGCUGACUCCUCGGGGUGGCAGAUGACGUUGCUGACUCACAAUUAAGGGCAGUCUAUUUCUGCCCAACAUUAUUAAUGGGCUGUCUUCGUCACCCCUCCUUGAUGUACUGGAUUACAAAAUUGUCAGUAAAAUAUUUUAUAGAAAAGAAGCUGUGUCUUCUUAUUUCCAAUAUAACACAUUUCCAUCGAUC